GACCACGAUGAAAGUUUUGGAGUAUAUUAUCUUGUUGUCGUUCUUGGUACACAUUACCAAAACUUCAAUACCCAACAAUGGCAAAGACUUCAUUCCGAGAUACAUAUCUAAGACCGCAAAGCAUGAAAUUCGGCAAAGCAGAACAAAAGCUCCAGUGUUUACUGAUCCGCAGUUGGAUCUAACGGAAUAUCCGGAUGUUAUCUUCCUGGUACAAAGACCGGGUAUAACGCAAAAAGAAUUCGACAUCAUCAAAAUGUUCAUCAAAGAAUGCGCUAGGGCAGCUCGUUCCAUUGGAGACAAAAAAGAAAAAACAAGAUUCGGAAUCACGACGUUUACAGCACUAUCUCAACAUUUAAUUACAUUUCGAGACUGCUGUCAAAGUGGCUUGGGCCAACUUGAUUAUAUGGUCAAUCAUAAAAUGGUGCUGAUGGACGAAGAAACAUUGAGAGUUUAUGACAGGCAGAAUCACACGGAUUUAUCAUCGGAGUCACUCGAUCUUGAAUAUGGACUUCUUGCAAUCCGAGAAAAGCACAUUUCUGACGAACUACUUCCUUUGUACAAGCCAACAAUUGUGUUUAUGUUGAUAAAUUUUUUAUCCGAUAAAAUGAGUUUCAAUAUGUUGAAUGGAGCAGUUCGAGAAGUGAAAAAACUCAAGUCAUUGGGAGUGCACGUUGUCACUAUAAUUGUGGAUCCCCUGCAAAACAGGCAGCCCCAUUUUAAAGAAGACAUCGACAAUGAAAUAUCAAGAAGUAAUGGAGAAAAUUAUGAAUUGUCUAUAACACGAAAACAACUGAAGAAGAUCCGAGAUUACAUAAAUCGACGCAAACCAAACUUUGCUGCGAAUGAAAAAUAUUUACGCCAAGUGUUGGAGAAGUACGAAGGCGUUGACGAACCAUUGGUAAAUGGAAUUGCAAAAUUGAGUGAAACCAGAGUAGAUCCAGAUAAGCUUUACAAGAAUUUGGUUCUGCAAUAUGCGAGGGCUUUGUCAAGUAACCCUGAACACGGAUUCAAAUUGAAUACAUUUGGUGAAAUAGGAAGAAGAGACAUUUUUGCAGUGUUAUUGGGAGUCAUAUCAAAUCCAAUGUCAUGGUUUGGUGUUGGAUCUGUCGAGGCUAGUUGCUGGGGAACAAGAAACCUCAUUCAAAGAGUAAUAUGGUCUCCCGAUUAUUUCACCAAAGGCGAAUAUCCCAAUGGUAAAGAAUGUGAAUGGAAGAUUAGCGUUUCAGAGGGUCAUCUAAUAUCGAUUACAUUUGAUGAUUUCAAAACUGAAACGACAUUCGAUCGAGUUACGAUUUAUGACGGUGACAACAGAGAAACAGCACCUGUAAUUGAAGUUUACAGUGGGGAAUUGGCAUCAGAAGGAUUAUCAUUUACAGUGAACAGUACUACUUCAAACAUGAUUCUGUAUUUUCAAGCAGACGGAGGGAAUAAUGAAAAGGGAUUCCAUGCAUUCUGGAAUCCAAUUUUUGGGAACGAAGAGAUUGAUAAUGUUAGCAUUGUCUAUUUAAUCGACACUUCUGGUAGUAUGACCGAGGAAGAUUUGGAUCCCAUAAAAGAUUGGAUUGGCUCAGGAACAAAAUAUUUUACUCUGAAAAGAACUGGAGACGCUAAUAAUGGGGAAAAUGGAGAUGAAACGGAACUCCCUCCACCAAAUGUUGGAAGGGCAAUAUUUCCAAGAAUUCGCCUGAAAAAUCGGAAAAAGAGAGAAGUUUCAGUAGAUUAUGAAAAAGUGGGUUGUAAAAUUGGCUUGGUGGCAUUUGCAAAAGAUCAACAAGUUAUAAAGAACAUCGAUGAAUCUACAUAUUUACCGAGCCUGCAGUCAGCAGUGAUAUCAGUGAACAGAACAAGUGAACCCACGUAUCUUGGAAAGGCGUUGGAUUUUGCCAGGCUGAAACAAUUUUUAUUCAUUUUGGGAGAAUCUGCCUUCACACCCAAAACAAGAGCAGCGGGAAAAGCGGGUUCCGACCAUACAAAUGAAAAUGCUGAAAUUCCCCGUCGAGUAAUUUUCAUAUUUUCCGACUGGCAUUCUGUAGAUGAUCCAAGGCCGGCAAUAAAACGCUUGUGUAAAUGGAAUAUCAUACCAGUUUUCAUUGGUAUCGGGGUUAUAAAUCUCCAAGUGCGCGAAGAUCUUGUGUCGGAGUGUGGUUUGGCAUUUGAUAUUGAAACUCCUGUACCUGAAGUCAUAGAAGAACUUAAAAAAGUAUGGGGAAUAUGGAAGCCAGCUACAACGUUGCCACCCACUACCACCCCUCCAACGACCUUACCAUCAAAACCUCCAACCACAACAACAACGACUACAACAACAAUAUCACCUCCCCCGACUCCUGCUCCUACAUAUCCGUAUACUGGUACCUACCCAACUCUACCUCCAACAACGCCAUUUGUUCCCCCGCCAGAUGAAUUCAACUACAGUGGUGUUGCGGGACUUCUUGUGACUAUUGGGAUAGUUCAGACAAUCUUGCUCGGAAUUUUAGUAUCCUAUAAUUCUACUUUGGAAAUUCCAUUGAUUUCAAGUGAAUCAACUGCGUCUAUGGUUGCGGAAAGAAGACGAAGAGAGAAAAUAGAGUUUGAUGAACUUCCAAAAUUUGAAAAACUCCGAUUAGCAAAACUACCAAAACCUCCAGAAGAACCAAGAAAGAAAAGGCGAAUGGUAUCUCGAUAUCCCCAAGCAGUAAACAGUUUUUUCACAAGAAGAGCAGUUCUUCCACAACAUCAUAUUGUACCAAAAGAAUCUGAUUUGGAUAUUGAAUUUACAUAAUUUGUGGCAAUAAAUUUUUAUGAUUGGA